CGCUAACUAACCGGAGGUGCGUUUUUUGUUUUCACCCGUGAGGACUUGUUUUUUUUUCCCACUCUCCGGUUUGGUGGACUGUAACUUUCCUAUCUUUGCUGUUCAGCUCGCUUCACAAUGAGCACGAGUGUGACUUCGGAGAGCGUCUUUCUCUCGGCGCUGCAGCCCAACUCUACCGUCAGCACGUACGCGGUCCCGUCCGAGAACGAGCUCGGGUCGCACAAGGAGGAAUCCAGAUUUAAGCGCAUGCAACAGCAGGUGUCCAUGAGACUAGCGGAGAAAUCCACGCUCCCGCGCCAGAACGGCUCUUCGUCACAAUACGCGUCCUCAGAGUCUGGUAAUUAUUCAACAAUGACAAAAUAUUCAACAGUGGGACAAAACUUUAUCCCGAGUUUCAGCUCGAAAUCUUUUGUCAACUCGUCUGGCCGACAAAUAGUGGCCCAGCGUCCAUCCCAGUACUUGAGCGGUGGUUUCUCUUCCCGCUCUGCCGUUGAGUUCACCCCAAGAGCCAAAAUGAGUUACACAGCAGGAGGAGGUGGUGGUGGCGGUAGCUCAUAUUACCAAGAAGAUUUUGCUAGCGGUGACUAUGGUGGUGGCGGGUAUCAGAGUGGCGGUUAUCAAAUUAGUGGCGGCCAAGUUCAACAGCAGCAGGUCAACAAAGUGACCCGUUCCCUGAGCCGAAUGGGGGGUGACCCAGAGACCUUAUCCAUGCACUCCAUGCGCGUGUCAGCCAUACCACAGCAGGUUGUUUCUUCUUGGGUGGCUCAGGAAGACAGCGAUGGCAGCAUGGUUUCAGAACGCGACGCUACUUAUACACAGCGGAGCAUGAGCAAUGGCUACGCCGCCAACACUUACCCACGCCAGUCCAUGUACUCCAACUCAAAUAUGAAUGGAUUUGAAAGUGCGCAGCAGCAGGUCAGCUCCAUGACUCUGCCGACCAUGAAACGCUCCCUCAGUGGGACGCUUGCUACAAGCAGUGGAGGAGGAGGAGGAGGUGCUGUGGAGCAGGAGGUGUAUGUGAGCCGACAGUCCUUCAAAGGCCCAGCUCACCGCACCAUCAGCCGCAUUAACAAUCGGCAAACCCUUCGGACGUCCAGUGUGCAGUCUGGCAUGUUCGGAAGUGGCGGGGGAUUCAGCGGCUCCCAGGGGAACCUGUACAUGAUGCAGCAGGGGAGGCUAUCGCGUGCUGGCUCCGUCAGGAGCAUCCAUAGUGUUGGGAGAGGCAAGGACGUGUUCGAUGGCAUGGACAUGGCUGGCAGCAUGGGCAAUCUGAGUGGACUCAACAGUUUGGACAUGCCUACUGCCAUCAACUAUCUUGACCAGUCCGAUCAGGAACUUCAGAUGUUGGGCGCCGCCUACGUUCAGCAUGAGUGUUACAGUAACAAAGAUGCCAAAAAACAGGUGAACCAGUUAAAGGGAAUUCCUCGACUGGUGCAGCUUUUCAACAGUGACAACCAAGAGGUGCAGCGCUUUGCAACCGGUGCCACAAGAAACCUCAUCUACGAGAAUAUGGAGAACAAAGUGGCUCUUAUUGAAGCUGGCGGAAUUCCCAAACUCAUACAGGCACUGAAAGUAGAAGAUGAUGAGUUACACAAAAACAUUACAGGUAUCCUCUGGAAUUUGUCCUCUAAGGAUAAUCUGAAAGAAAGGCUGGCACGAGAAAUUCUUCCUGAAUUGACAGACAGGAUUUUGAUUCCCCUCUCCGGAACCGGAGACCAGGACAUCAUUGAGCUGAACCCCUCAGAGUCUGACAUCUUCUUCAACACCACUGGCUGUCUCAGGAACAUGAGCUCUGUAAAUGAGAAGACCAGACAACUGAUGAGAGAAACCAAAGGCCUCAUAGACGCUCUGGUCGGCUACAUUAAGAAAUGUGUGGUGGACAGUAAAGUGGAAGAGAAGGGUGUGGAGAACUGUGUGUGUGUGUUAAGGAAUCUGUCCUAUCAGGUGUACAACGAGAUCCCCCCCUCUAUAGCCUCACGUCUAGAUGGUCCGCGUCGUGCUCAGAGCUCUUCAAAAGCAGAACCCAUCGGCUGCUUCACUCCUAACAGCAAGAAAGCCAAAGAAAGAAAAAAUCAGGACCUCACCACAUUUACAGAAGUUUCACGGACACCCAAAGACAUCGAGUGGCUCUGGCACCCAAAGAUAAUUGAGUUGUAUAACCAGGUGCUCACGCGCUGUGAGAUCAACUCCACCACACGAGAGGCUGCGGCCGGAGCCUUGCAGAACAUCACUGCUGGAGACAAGAGGUGGGCGUCCAUCUUGAGUCUUGUGGCAUUGGAGCAGAAUAGGAUGCUUCCUGUUAUUCUGGAUCUCCUCAAAACCGACAAGGAUCUGGAGCUCCGUUCUCUCACCGGCUUUCUCAGAAACCUCUCUCGUCACACCAAAGACAAGAAUGACAUGGCUACUAAGGUGGUAAAUACAUUGGUGCUUAAACUGCCCGCUGAUGGCCGUCAGAAGCAGCCGUCCAGCGACGUCGUAGUGAACAUUUGUGGAGCUUUAAACAACCUGGUGACCGGCAGCAUGUUGGCCGCACGAGACAUCACUUACUUUGAUGGUCUGCGCAAGCUAUUUGAGAUUAAAAACAACCAUGACAACAGCCCCAACAAACUGAAAGCUGCCAAAGCAGCAGUAACAGUUCUAAGCAACAUGUUCCAGUACAAGAAAUUACACAAAGACUACAAAGAGAAAGGAUUCGAGAAGGAAGCCUUCUUAGACAUGACCUUCUAAACUGAUCAUAUUGUGAAAAAAGGACAGUGGAUAUAGGAAACGCAGGAACACUAAUGCGAAACAUGUAGAUAACACACACACAAGACUUGCUAUAGGAUGAACACAUCCUACUCAGCCUUGUAUUUCUUUCCUUCCAAAAAAAAUCCUCAGGGAUUUAUUGCAAUAUGUCUAUUUUUACUGGCUAUCAUCUGUAUUUUUAUAUAUUAAUUUACAGUAACACACUGUAUACUGUCCAUGAUAUAAUAAUUAUAUCCUAGGGAAUUUAAAUCACUGUUUUUGUAGUACACCAUCUGUAUUGUGAUGACAGGGCAGAUAUUUUAACAUGACAUUUUACAUUUUAAUGUAUUGAUGAUAUCAGAUUUUAUAAUAAUACAUUAAAUGUUGUAAACACAGGCCGGACAAUUUGUUAAACAAGAAUAGCUUAUUUCUUACUACUCUGUCUAAAGGGUUUUUUCCUUAUCUUUUAUUGUUUUUGUUGUGUUUUAUGUACAGAAAUCAUCUAUUUGUGUGUAAUUAAUGAUAGUAGGUUUAAUAAAAAAUAAUAACUAUGAUAUGUGGACACUAUCCAGAUGUCUGAGGGGUUUGGAGAUUAAUGCCGCGGUUACACUAGAGUUUGAGCAUGAAAAUUCUGUCAUACGGUGCUGCGAAAAGGGACGAGAAUGGAAUAGAAGUCUGUAGGGCGAAAAGUCGAGUGUGACCGUGGCUUAAGAAUGUUUUUAUAAAAAACUAAUUCAGUUAUUGACCCACGUUUAUAUUUACCCUCAUUGUAUAUGGUGCAAUAUGUGCAUUGAUUUAACUGUAACUCACUCUACUCCACCUGUACUGUUUAUUUUUGUAUCAACAUCUUUUGUUAUUUCGCCAAAUAUUGAAUGUUUGGUUUGGGUUGGUAUGUUUUCCGCUUGUAUUUAAUCGAGUUCUCGUAUGUAAGAUUGUCAUGAAGACUGUCGUGAGCGAUUCGCAAUCUUCUACUGGAUAAGAGUUGAUUCUGCAAUGUCGUCUCGGGCUUUAAGAAUGUUCAUUGGCCGAAGUCUGAAAUGAUUGAAUGUCUAGUAAUAUUAUAUAAUUCCGCAUCAAUUUCACUGUAAAAUGCAUGUGCGUGAGUGUCAUAGAUUUAUGAUGUUAAAAUACAAUAAAAAGGAAUUUCUUUAA